AUGCCGCUCGUGGACGCCACAUCAUUGACAGUCUUGCCUGCCUCACCGUUCCUGUUCCUCAAUCCUUUUCGGAUUUCAUGUUGCCUGGGUUUUGCCGCAAACAAUAAAAUGAGUGGGACAAGAGGGGACAGCACUCCUCAUUUGAACGGUGGGGUUACUACCAAGAUCCAAGGCUGGGUCUACACGAAAUCGGUAGGAAUGAGACGACAUGAUAUGACAGAAAGAGACUUGAACGAUCGACGUUGUAAACCCACACCGAGUAUAGCUGGUUUCAAAGUCAACUCGUCAGUCAAGCAAGAGCGCAAGUGCUGUGGUUGUAAAAUUGAGGUAGAUGAGGGAGACCAUGUAGAUUGCAUGGAUGCUGAGGUUGUCUAUAGAGGUCCUGUUGAUGAUGGCAUCAUGCUGCACAUGCAGUGGUUGAAUUCUUCGAACGUGUUUUUCCUGUCUGGAAGAGUGCAGAAAAACAUAGUUUCAAGGAACUCUUUGAUUCUCACCCUGGGUUCCUCGACCACCCCACCUCUCGACUUGCGAAUCGCGGCGGACCAGCUCCAUGACCAGCAGUGCACUGUGCUGCACCCAGCACCAGUUGGCAGCAAAGUGGCUAUGUUUUCUCUCGGACCACACCAUGUCUUCCUCGCUGGCACAAAAGAGUCCAUCUUCGGUCUCAUCUUAUCCUAA